ACUGUUGAUUAAAAUUAUUUCGUCACUGAAAUGGAUCCCAAUCAAACAUAUACGCCAAUGAAGGAACCAAAAUAUUGUUUUGUACCAGCCUGCAAAAACAGUUCUAGAGAUACUCAAAAAGCAUUUUUUGCGGUGCCUAGCUCAGCAAAACAAGAGUGGUGCGAUGCUGUGGGUAUAGCAUGUCCUAAACGUGUUAUAUAUAUAUGCGAAGAUCAUCUCAAUUUGCAGGAAGAUGUGGAGAACUACCGGUAUUGGAUAACUAUGAAAGUGCGGCCAAAAUUGAAGUCUCGGUUACCACAUUCUCUCAGGAGGACAUUAAUGGCAACUGUUCAUCAAGAAAUUAUUGAACCUAGACCUAGCACAUCUUCAACAGCUUCCUCCUCAUUUCACUGUGAAAGUCCAGUCACUACAAAAGUCAGCAAAGGAGUACAAGUAAAACCAAGAACAUCGGAUAGAACUACUUUUUGUGCCAUUUACAAAAAGAAGACAAAAAAACCUUUGCUUCAAGAAGAAGAUGAGAUGGAAGAAGUGUUGUUGCCUUCAACACAAGGAAGUUCUACCUCUGUUGAAAUGUCAGAAGUCUCAUCAGAAAUCUACACUAAAACUGUAAUGCAGACCCAGAGAAGCUUUAUGCUUGACCUUAUUAAAAAAAAAACACAAAAUUAUAUAGGCUUACCAAAGACUUAUUAUUGGUUAAUUAAUUAUUUAGAAAGUAAUCUAAAUGUAAAAUCUUUUGAUAUAAUAGUAACUUUGUAUAAAAUUAAAAAUAAUACCCCAUUCUACCAAAUCUCAGAUUUGUUUGAGGUAUCAUUAACCACAUUAUGGAGAAUAUUUUUCAGAACUUUGUGUGUUCUAUCCAAGUUCUUUAAACAAUUGAUUUAUUCCCCUCAAGUAUAUGAUGUCAAAAGAAAGUUACCAGCCUCCUUCAAUACCAAUAAAGAAUAUUCAAAUGUGUUUUGCAUUAUUGAUUGUUUUGAGAUAGAAAUUGAAAAACCCUCAAUCCUAUUUUCCAGUCUCUAACAUGGUCACAGUAUAAAAAUGCCAAUACAUUA